AUGUGCGAGACUCUCUUCUUCGACAGGCCGGCUUAUCCAACUACCCAGCCGUCGACAUCCGCCUCCCGUCGGGGCGAGCGCCGCGCUUUCGUACAAUUCGACAACGUCGAUGACGCCGUGGAGUUCGUCAAGGAGAACUACCCCAAGCUGACGCUCGACUUUGCUGGCUUGGUGGACGGUGACGCCGAUGGGAUGACCUCUAUCUACAUCCACUACGCAAGGAGCCGCGAUGACGCCGAGAGGGAUAACCGUGCCGGCCUCUCCCCUAACUGGAACUGUCCGACGUGCGACUUUUCAAACUACGCAACGAGAAGUCGCUGCAAAAACUGCGGUGGUCCGCCAACGGGUACGAUGCUGCCCCACAAUCCAUUGCCAUGUGCUCCGGAAGUCGUGCUGACCUCACCAGAUCCAUCUCAAUACCGGCAUCUCUUGACCGGUGAAAGUGAUGCGGCUGAUACACCCUCGCAGAUCCUGGUAUUCUUCCCUUUGGCAACUGCUGUCAAUGAGGAUGUAUUCUCUGCGGGCGCCAGCAAGCUUCAGCUGGUGCAGAAACCCGCAGCAUCAAGAGGCUCCGGCGACCAGCCGAAACUCAAAUCUACUGCGCCGACCGGCGACGCAUCCGGCUACGGCGCAAGGCCAGGCUCGCUCCAUCGCACGUUCUUGAUGCGAGACCAAGACACGAACGAGUCGUUCAACUUUGGCUUUGCUGAAUUUUGGACCGUGGAGGACGCCUUGGCGGCGAUGCAAAAGUUCAAGAUGAUGCGCGAGUUUACCAUCGCCUCGCAGCCCGUGACGGUCUCAACCAUUCAUCUGGGCGUCUUCGUUCCAGAACUUCGAGAGGUCACCCGUGCCAUCGAGCGCAUCUCGUUCAAUCCGCUAUUUAAUCCAUCAAUCCGCGUCAAGUACUGGGAGCCGCACGUCUAUCCCAGUCAGAGAGUGAUCACUCAGGCACCUCCUGGCGGCACAUCUGCAGACGGAAGCAAGACCGACGCCAACGAUGAAUCCAAAAAGACCAAGAAACGCAAGGCGGACGGAAGCAUGCCUUCCUCAACGGCCAAAAAGUCAGUGCCGAUGGCUGGUCAAAUGGCGUUCUGGCAGAGGCGGCACGACGAGAUUCACGAGGGCAAGCGAGUCGCGGACCUGCCCGUCGGCAACGACAACGGCGGCGACCAGCGUCAGUCCGAAGAGCGUGCUCCAAUCAAGAUACCUCUGUCUGGCUCGAAUGCAAUCUCCACCGGUCCGAUCAAAAUUUCGCUCACGGGGGCGAGCUUAUCGAGAUCACCGGCACCGACAGCAACGCCGCCUAGUGAGGCAACCGCCAGGGAAUCCGGUGGCCCAACCUCGGUACCGACAUCGAUGACGGGCGGCAGAACUCCAGACCCGACGCCGGUGGCGGCGGAAGCAACACCAGUAUCAUACGUCGACCGCGAAAAGAUUUGCUGCCUGAUCUGCAUGAUGAAAUACAAGACGCUGGAGGAUCUCAACACUCACGAGAAGUCGAGGAACCACAAGAACGCCAUGGCGGACGCGGACAAGGUCAAGGCCGCCAAACCGCGGUUGGCCGCGCGGGACAAGAGGAUGGCGAAGCAGGCGGAGGAGCAGCCGAAGGAGGAGUCAGGGCCGCAGUAUCGAGACCGGGCCAAGGAGCGCAGAGAGGUCUUCAACCAGCCCGCGAAACCCAAGGUGGCCCCUGUGCAAGGGGCCGGCAAGCCCACGCGCAAAGACGACAAGCAAGCGGCCGCUCGCCCGCCCGCCGAGAAGAAGACGACGCCACCCCCGGCCCCUCCGCAGUCCAAGGGCGCGGGGAUGCUGGCGAAGAUGGGGUGGAGCACGGGGCAGGGGCUCGGCGCCAAGGGCGACGGCCGCACCGAGGUGAUUGCGACACACGCGUACCAAGAGGGCGUCGGUCUCGGCGCCGAGGGCGGCAACCUAGGCGACGCUGCGGAGCUGGCGCAGCGCAAAACGACGAACAGUUACGCCGAGUACGUCAACACGGUGCAGGAUCGGGCCAGAGACCGGUACAACAAGAUGGGCUGA